AGUAGAGGAGUAGACGGAGCCGGAGGUUAACCCUGCGCGGCGCUCCGGGUGGCGAGGCGCCCCGGUCCGCGCGCGUGGCGGAGCCUCCCGGCGCGGGAUAGACCCAUGUCGCGCACGCGGCGGGUCCCGGGACCCCAGCGGGAGUGCCGCGUCUGGUCGCCGCAGUCGCGGGGAGUCUGAGUUGCGGGCCACGCGGGAGUGGCGGUGGCGAGCCAUCUGGUCGUUAUGAGGACGGAUCUAAAAUGACCAGCAAACGGAGACCUUUCCAAACGCAGCUCAGGAGAUCCAUCAGUGAGCAGUUACGGGACUCCACGGCCAGAGCCUGGGAUCUGCUGUGGAAAAACGUCCGGGACAGACGGCUGGCAGAAAUCGAGGCGAAGGAAGCAUGUGACUGGCUCCGCGCCGCCGGGUUUCCGCAGUACGCGCAGCUGUACGAAGAUUCACAAUUUCCCAUCAACAUUGUGGCUGUCAAGAACGAUCAUGAUUUUCUUGAAAAGGACCUUGUAGAACCUCUUUGCAGACGACUAAAUACGUUGAACAAGUGUGCCUCAAUGAAACUUGAUGUGAACUUCCAAAGGAAAAAGGGUGACGACUCCGAUGAGGAAGACCUUUGUAUUAGCAACAAAUGGACUUUCCAAAGAACCAGCCGCAGGUGGUCUCGUGUGGACGACCUCCACACACUGCUCCCUGGAGGAGACAGAAAUGGGUCGCCGGCAGGCACUGGGAUGAGGAACACGACCAGCAGUGAGAGUGUCCUCACAGACCUGAGUGAGCCCGAGGUCUGCUCCAUUCACAGUGAGAGCAGCGGGGGCAGCGACGGCCGCAGCCAGUCGGGCCAGGUCUGCACGGACAGCCCGGUCAUGCUGGAUGCCCCGCCGGCCAGCAGCGGCCUCCCACCGUCCCCCAGAGACGUCCUCCACCACCCCUUCCACCCCAAGAAUGAGAAGCCCACAAGGACCAGGGCCAAAUCAUUUUUGAAACGCAUGGAGACACUCCGAGCAAAAGGCGCACAUGGCAGGCACAAGGGCUCAGGGCGGACAGGUGGCCUGGUGAUCAGCGGGCCGGUGUUGCAACAGGAGCCAGAGUCCUUCAAGGCCAUGCAGUGCAUCCAGAUACCAAAUGGAGAUCUCCAGAACUCGCCCCCAGCUGCCUGCAAGAAAGGGUUUCCUUGCUCCGGCAAAUCGAGCGGCGAGAGCAGCUCGUCGGAACACAGCAGCAGCGGGGUGAGCACGCCGUGCCUGAAGGAACGCAAGUGCCACGAGGUCAGCAAGCGUGGGGGCAUGUACUUGGAGGACCUGGAUGUGCUGGCGGGGCCAGCACUGCGGGUUGCGGGGGACCAAAGCCACAGGCAUGAGUUUCACUCCCAAGAGAACUUGGUGGUGCAUAUUCCCAAGGAUCACAAACCAGGAACAUUCCCCAAGGCGCUUUCUAUCGAAAGCCUCUCUCCCACAGACAACAGCAAUGGGGUUAACUGGAGGACGGGCAGCAUCUCCCUGGGCAGACAGCAGGGCCCCGGCGCCAGGGAGCCCAGGCUCACGGCGAACUGCCACAGAGCAAGCCGCGUCAGCAUCUAUGACAACGUCCCGGGCUCCCACCUGUACGCCAGCACGGGAGACCUUUUGGACUUGGAGAAAGACGACCUCUUCCCUCACUUGGACGACAUUCUGCAGCAUGUCAACGGGCUCCAGGAGGUAGUAGAUGACUGGUCGAAAAACGUCCUGCCCGAACUGCAAACGCACGAUGGGUUGGCUGGGGAACCGGGUUCACCCCCCUUUCCAUCUCCCAAUCAGAUCACCUUAGAUUUUGAAGGUAACUCUGUCUCAGAAGGUCGGACAACACCCAGCGAUGUGGAAAGAGAUGGGACAUCUCUUAAUGACGCUGAGGCCCCUGGGGUCAGAGAAAGGAGGGAUUCUGGUGUAGGGGCCUCUCUGACCAGGCCGAACAGGCGACUCCGAUGGGACAGUUUCCAGCUCUCACACCAGCCCCGGCCGGCCCCCGCGUCGCCCCACAUCAGCAGCCAGACGGCCCGCCAGCUGAACCUGCUCCAGCGCUUCUCGCUGCUUCGCCUCACGGCCGUCAUGGAGAAGUACUCCAUGUCCAACAAGCACGGCUGGACCUGGUCAGUUCCAAAGUUCAUGAAGAGGAUGAAAGUUCCUGAUUACAAAGACAAGGCUGUCUUUGGCGUUCCUCUCAUAGUCCACGUCCAGAGAACGGGACAGCCCCUGCCGCAGAGUAUUCAGCAAGCACUGAGAUAUCUACGCAGCAACUGCCUGGAUCAGGUGGGCCUUUUUCGCAAGUCGGGGGUGAAGUCUCGCAUCCAUGCCCUUCGCCAGAUGAACGAAAGCUGCCCCGAGAACGUCAGCUACGAAGAUCAGUCCGCGUACGACGUGGCCGACAUGGUGAAGCAGUUCUUCCGCGACCUCCCCGAGCCGCUGUUCUCCGGCAAGCUCAGCGACACCUUCCUGCACAUCUACCAGUACGUCCCCAAGGAGCAGCGGCUGCAGGCCGUGCAGGCCGCCAUCCUGCUGUUGGCUGACGAGAACAGGGAGGUCCUGCAGACACUCUUGUGCUUCCUGAACGACGUCGUCAACUUGGUGGAAGAGAAUCAGAUGACGCCCAUGAACCUGGCCGUGUGUCUGGCCCCCUCCCUUUUUCAUCUUAAUUUAUUGAAGAAAGAAAGCUCUCCAAGAGUCAUACAGAAGAAAUAUGCCACGGGAAAGCCAGAUCAAAAGGACCUCAACGAGAACCUGGCCGCCGCGCAGGGGCUGGCGCACAUGAUCAUGGAAUGCGACAGACUUUUUGAGGUCCCACAUGAGAUGGUGGCCCAGUCCCGUAACUCAUACAUGGAAGCUGAGAUCCAUGUGCCAACUCUGGAAGACCUGGGGGCACAGCUGGAGGAGAGUGGGGCGACUUUCCACACGUACCUGGAGCAUCUCAUCCAGGGCCUCCAGAAGGAAGCCAAGGAGAAGUUCAAAGGAUGGGUCGUGUGCUCCAGCAUGGACAAUACAGACCUUGCUUUCAAAAAGGUGGGUGACGGGAACCCGCUGAAGCUGUGGAAGGCUUCUGUGGAAGUGGAAGCUCCCCCCUCGGUGGUCCUGAACCGCGUGCUGAGAGAGCGUCACCUGUGGGAUGAGGACUUUGUGCAGUGGAAGGUCGUGGAAACCCUGGACAGACAAACCGAAAUCUACCAGUACGUGUUGAACAGCAUGGCCCCCCAGCCUUCCAGAGACUUCGUGGUUCUCAGGACCUGGAAGACUGAUUUGCCCAAAGGAACGUGCACCCUGGUGUCCCUCUCCGUGGAGCACGAGGAGGCCCCGUUGCUGGGUGGCGUGCGUGCCGUGGUGAUGGAGUCCCAGUACUUGAUAGAGCCGUGUGGCUCUGGCAAGUCGAGACUGACGCACAUCUGCAGGACAGACCUGAAAGGCCGCUCCCCCGAAUGGUACAGCAAAGGCUUUGGACAUCUGUGUGCAGCGGAAGUUGCCAGGAUUAGAAACUCUUUCCAGCCUCUCAUUGCUGAGGGUCCAGAAACCAAAAUCUGAGUUUCCCCCGGUGUGACCUCAAACUCAGGGAAGAGGAAGCUACAGCAAAUGCUCGUGGCAGAGAGUGUGCGUGAGAGAACAAGACGAAGAGAAACUGAGGGACAUGGUUAAUGCUUAAAAAUGGAAAAGUUGAGAAGUCAGGAUGUUGAAGAUGCAAGAAUUUCUGAGAACUUUCCUAGCCUUCCUGGAGAUGGCUACAUCCCUACUAAUAUAUUUUUAAAAAUCUGAACAUUUAUCUAUAUUACUUAAAAUUAAAUGGAUUAUUCCUUGUGCAUUGCCUAAUUUGCUAUUUAAAGGCUUCUAAGAAGCAUAUUCUUAACUGUAGAUAAAUGUAUGUAUAGCAUAUGUACAUAUGUGUGCAUAGCUCCAUCUUUACUGUAUAUAUGUAAAAUACUGAUUUUAUAUAGAAUUGAGUGUUUUGAAAAGGACCUUAUCUGACUGAGGAGUCCUUUCCUCACAUUGUUCUAUCCAGGUGGCUCUGGGCCCGGUCUUCCCACUGUCCUCUAAGCUGCACAGAACCUGCUGCUAAUACCGAGGUGUGAAAAUGCCCUGAUGUCUAACCAAAGAUUUGCUAACCAAAGGAAAAUGCCAUUAAAAUGUUCUUAUGUGUUGACAAUUUGUUUCUGUUACUCAAAACCUGAGAGUAGAGUGUUGGGAGAAAGCCAGGGAAACAAUAUUUACUUCUCUUUAAAGCAAAGCAGUGGGUGAGAAGUCAACACCAAAUUCAAGGCUAGAUUACGAGUUCCACUGGGCCCAGCCAGGUGCAACUGCAGUGAGAUACCAGACCUCGGUGGACCCCUGGAGUCAGCAACAGCUCUGAGGCAGAAGUGGUAUUUCCCCCAGUAGAGCUGAAGAUAAUAGUCCUUACAUAUUCACAGCCAAAGGGAGCCUCUGUGUUGUCCCAAGUUUUCAUAAACACAUUUCAUAAUGUUGUUAACGGUCAUUCUGUUUGACCAGUGGCCCAUUUGGUCACAGUUAAUUGGCAUUUUCUUACCAAUGUGUUUGUUGCACUGAAUUUAAGUCUAGACACCACACAAAGGGAGAUGGUGGUCGUGCAAUUCAAGAGUUUGGACCAUCGCAGCUUCAGGGAAUUCACAUUUUGCUAUGUAUUAUGCUGUUAAAAUAUAAUUCAUUGAAGUUUUACAAUUUGAAAAACAGGGUUUCUAACUAACAUAAGACCAAAACUAUGUUCUUUAAUUAGUUUUAGAAAAUGUAAUCAGGUUUAUUAAUUCCAUGUUUCUUCCUUAGCGAUUUCAGGCUACCUAUGCAUUUGACCCAGCCUUAUUUAUUAUUGUACAGACUAAGCAAAUUGACUCUCCUUAACCCAUUGCUGUUAAAUUUAAAUUGUUUUCUUAUUGUAUUUCAACAACUGUAGACAGAAGGAUAACUUAUUGCGUUUGGUUUCAGGGAGAGAGAUUUUUUAUGGUUGUCCAUAACAGUUUGAUAUCUGAUUUAGCAACUGAUGUUGGAGGAAAAAUAGAAAAACAAAGGACUGUCUUCAGGUAUUUUUUUGUAUCAUAUGCAUUUAUGUAAUACUUUCUGUUAUUAGUGAUGUGCAAUUAUUUUAUCGAGAAGAAUAAAAAAGCUAUAUUUGA